AUGGAUUCUUCCUCCUCUUCGCCUAUGAAGUACGAGGACAAACCGAGAAACUGGGCGGAGCUUCUGCCGGAACUAACGGCGUCCAUCCUCCACCGUCUUGGCGUGGUUGAGAUACUUGAAAACGCUCAGAAAGUGUGCAGACCAUGGCAUCGCGUCUGCAAAGACCCUUCAAUGUGGCGGAAAAUCGAUAUGUGA